GACGGCGGAGGUUCGCCUUGUUGCCUAGAUACGAACGCGGAGGGUGGCGCAUACGGUCGUGCUUUCUCCGAGUGAAACUGGCCUUCGGCAGUGGCCAUUGUGGCUCUCUGUGUUAUGGGUCGUGGAGGAACAGCGGGUCUCGCAUUUGAGCCAGAAUGUCGCCGGUUGUCUUGACGUUGUUGAAGAAGCAGCGAAUGUGAAAACAGCGCCAUUUCUGUCGGCGUCCAUGAUACGCGAUGCUACCGCAGCGGAUUCCAGAGCUUGAGCUCGGAACGGCAGCGGGAGAGAACUAGCCGCUCCCCUUGCGCUGCUCCUCUCUACUUCAGACCACGGCAGGUUGUGCCGGUGAAGUGAGACGUAGCCCAAAAAUGGACCCUUCUGACUAAGAAACAAACACAUCUUGUGUUUAGCCCAGCAGCUGAGCUCUAUCAGCAGCAUAAGCCAUGCCUGAUGACUAAAAGAACCCUUUUUUGCUCAAAGCAAUAAAAAAAGCAAGAAAAAAAAAAAUCUUACUCCAUGCCUCCCCAUGUAGAACCCCCUCAGUACAUCCUCCUGGAGUGACUGCCCCCUCUUCCAGAUAGGUUCUGCCUCUGCCUCAUCCUCUGUCCACACCCUUUUCCACCAUCCACCCAUAAUUGCCCAUCACAAUGCUGCUCUACCUGAGAAUGGCCAACACCUGAGGUCCCAUGCGUCCAGUGAGCACCGAUUCAGACGGUCCAGCUCCUCCUGAAAACUUCUCCUGCCCCUACUCCCUCGUGGGCCCCCUGCCUGCCUCAGAGAUGUCCCUGCUCCAAUCACUGGGUCCAGUACAAAGCUGGCUUGGCCAGGAGCUUGAGAAGUGCGGGAUUGAUGCGAUGAUCUACACCCGCUAUGUUCUCAGCCUCCUCCUGCAUGACAGUUACGACUACGACCUGCAGGACCAGGAAAAUGACAUCUUCUUGGGCUGGGAGAAGGGAACUGGGAAGAAAUGGGGCAAGAGUAAGAAGAAAGGAGUGACUGACCUGAGUCUUGAGGAAAUGAAGAAACAAGCCGCUGUGCAAUGCCUCCGCUCCGCAUCUGACGAAAACUCUGGAAUCGAGAGCCUGGUUGAAGAGCUUUGCUCUAAACUUAAGGAUAUCCAAAACAAACAGAAAGAGGAAAAACAGAUUCAAAAGAAAUCUGAUGGCUCUCAGUCUCCAGAACGAGCUGAGUCCCCCUCUUCAAAGGACCAGGUGGAAAUGUAUUAUGAAGCCUUUCCUCCUUUGUCAGAAAAACCUGUUUGUCUCCAAGAGAUCAUGACGGUGUGGAACAAGGCUAAAGCCUGCGCAUACUCAAGUUCAUCAUCCUCUGCUGCCCCACAGACCAGCACAGACACCUCUUCCCCAAAAGAUUGCAACAGCGACGGUGAGGCUGCAAAGGAGAGAAAUCUAGAGGCCUAUACUGUCACCAGUGAAAGAGGUCAGCAGCGACGGAGCAAGAAGGAGAAGGAAAACCGUUACCAUGGUGGAGCGUCUGCAGAGGAGAAACCUACUAUCCACACCAAGCGACAGACCAGACACAGAUCUGAGGGCAAAUACAGACCCAGAUCCUGGUCUUCGGGCUCCAGUGAGGCAGGCUCCAGUUCAAGUGGGAACCAAGGUGACACUAAGUCAUCCAGAAGCAAGGCAGUUAGAAUAAGGCACAAAUCCAGAGAGGCUGUGAAGAAUAAGAGAACACGCAACGGUGGACCAGUAAAGCUGCAGGUGAAGGUAAUUGACAAAGAAGAGCGAAGAAAUGCAGGAGGGAGCAGUAGCAGCGUCACGGCUGGUGCUGCUAAACAACUACAGCUUUAUAAAAAGGGGAAACGGGCGCUGAAGGAGAUUCGUAAAGAUCCAAGCUGGGUGGAAGCAAAGGAGUCCAGGGUUGAGGUUGGAAACAAACAGGAAUAUAUGGAGGAGCCACUUUGGUACACUGAGCCCAUCACGGAGUAUUUUGUACCUUUCAGCAGCAAACAAAGCAAGCUGGAAACAAAAUAUCGCAGCAACAUCGACUCUUCGGAUGGCUUUGCAUUGUCAGCAGACAUGGAGAGGCUGCCGGAGAGAAUCCAGGGUAUCUGCAUUGCCAACGAGAGCUACCAGAGAGCAUACCUAGCAGCAGGCUCGUUUGUGGAUGGGCACUUUGUGGAAGGGCCUGGUGAAGCAGAAGAUGAAACUGCUGAACUCACUGGGGCCUUAACCUGCCCUCAGCCAGAGGAUGGAGAUUUAGAUGACAAGCAUCUGUCUGAAUUCACUCACUUCUAUGAAGUUGAUAUUUAUCAAUCCAUAUUGGAUACUAGUGCCUCAGACUCGAUACAAGAGAGUCGAAUCUUAAGCAUGAUUCGACAAAAAAGCAAAGAGCAAAGAGACAUUGAGGCAGAAUGUUGUUUAGUGUUAGAUGGCCUUGAGCAGCAAGGGAAAAGUGCAAUACGGGCAGACUCACAGGAAGCUUUGGGACCUGUUGGAUUCUUAAUGGAGGAUCUAGAAAACAUGGCUCACGUGUGGGGAUGUUAUUCACCAUCUACUUCAGAAGAUAUAGAUGGAGAAAGCUUCGUAGGAGACUCUCCCAUUCGCCUCUCCCCCCUUCUUGAUAGUGUUUCAUUCACUCUGAGCAAACUAUCUGGAAAUCUGGAGGAGCCACCUGUUCCUGAAGCCGCCAGUGAACCAUCUGGUUUUAACUCAUCCUGCUUCUCUCUUUUCGAGCUGCAGUAUGACAGUCCCACGUUUCCUUUUCCCUGUGACUCACUCAACGUUGGUCAGGAAAACACAGAUUCUAGUAGCUGUCUCGACCCACAUUCUAAUAAACAGUCUCGUUUGCUAAUAUGGACCAAAAAUAGUGCCUUUGAUGAAACUGAACACUGUUCUAACCUUUCCACACGAACUUGCAGUCCGUGGUCGCAUUCAGAGGAGACUCGUUCUGACAAUGAACAAGGAAAUGCUGCGACAGAGGAUGCUGCUCAAAUUGGCAACAAAGAGAUUGACUGUAUAAUCCAUCCUCUCUCUGGUGCUUAUCUAGAGGAUGAAAUCUUGGAUUUUUUGCAAGAUGAGACUGGCCGCAAGUGUGAGGAGGUCAGUGUUAGCACAGCAUCGAAUCAGACCUUCACCAAAAAAUCUAAAUUGGAGUCCGUUUGUGGCAUCGCACUGGAGGAGGAUGAAAGUAAACAGUACAGCACUGGUAUGUUUUCGGACAACACAAACCAACAGAGUGAGGAUUACAGCUCAGGGAUAAUAAAGGACAUUUGGACUGCAAUUGGGGAUGGCAAAUCUGUAAUGAAAAGGCAAGGAGCAGAAAAAUCAAGCGAGGGGCUAUUCUCAGAUGAGUCCAGUGGUUACUGCUGUAGCUGCCUCGAGGUGCAGGCUAAAGGAGGUCCAAUUCAGGGACCCCAGAAAAAAGCAGUGCAGCGCUCAGAGUAUCACCUUUGGGAAGGAAAGAAAGACGAGCAGGACUUGGCCAAAAACAAACUCUCAAAGGUAGAUGGUGCCGGGGAUUACAUGACUCCGUCCAAGCCCUGGGACCUGAGCUCUGACAAGGAGAGUACAUCAUUCAUCCUUGGAGGGGUGUAUGGGGAGCUGAAGACAAUAAGUGGUGAUAAAAAUUGGGCUGUUGUGCCACCAAGUGACACCCAAGAUAACCUGCUUCAGUGUGCUGCCGCAGCUGCAUCUGCUUCUAGCUCAGACAUGCUCACCAUCACUGGCACAGAUGUGUUCAUGAACACAAGCAGCUGCUUCGCUCCUGGUCACAGGCCCCUGUGGAGGCCUCUUGUGUCCUUUGGGCAGAGUGACCAGGCCAUCAGAGGAAGUGGAGAUGGAUUGAAUAAGGGAUUUUCUUUCAUCUUCCAUGAAGAUUUGCUUGGAUCAUGCGGAGGCUUGCGUAGUGAGGAGCAAGGAUUAGAAUACCCGUUUGCAUCCUUCAAUUUAAACAAUCCCUUCUCUCAAGUCCUCCACGUGGAGUGUUCCUUCGAGCCUGAGGACAUGGCUUCUUUCAGUCCAGGGUUCAAGCCCAAAUCGAUUCUAUGCUCAGACUCUGAGAAUGAAGCCUUCCAUCCACGAUUAUAUGGCAUCAACCGGACGCAGUAUAGAGCCAUUCGCAUUUCCCCCAGGACUCAUUUCCGGCCAAUUUCGGCUUCCGAGUUGUCUCCUGGUGGAGUAAGCGAUUCAGAGGCUGAGACUGACAAAGAAGAGAUGAGUUUUCCCGUCCCGGCGCCGGUGGACGUUUUUGAUGAUCCUCAGGCUGACCUCAAACCUCUGGAGGAGGAUGCAGAAUGUGAGGGCCCUUAUUACGGGAAGUCAGAACUGGAAUCUGGUAAAUUCUUACCCAGAUUGAAGAAGUCUGGCAUGGAGAAGAGUGCACAGACUUCUCUGGAUUCACAGGAGGGUUCCAGUGCCCUCCUGCCAAUCGCUGAGCAAGAGAUUUGCUUAGACUGCAAAACGGCUGCAUCAACUGCAGUCGAAGAGACGGACGUUUCUGUCGGCAAGAUUCAUGAAGGGGAAUCUUCAGGAGAGAAACAAUCCUGCUUAUGUGCACCAGCAGGUCAGAUCCCAAAGUAUGGGAUCGCGUUUGACUUUGUUGGAGAUGUGCCAGAGUUCCCUCUGUUAAAUAUAAGUGCACAAGGAGGAACUGGCAACCAGCAAGAUGAGUGCUGGUGGCAGACCACGCUCUGCUCCUCACUCUUCCCUGGAUCUCAUUGUACAGGGAGCAGCAACAUUUGAAUACUCCAGUUUUUGCAGAGGACGCCUUUCUUGGAGAGGAAACCCUUCCUCUCCUUUUGGGACUGGACCUCUACCAGCAAAGAUUCAGGGUCAUCUCAGAACUGGAAAACCGUAGGCUAAUUUUCUGAGACACCCCCUUCAAAAAAAAAAAAAAAACAACCCCACACAUAACGCUGCUGGUUUUCAUUUACUAACUUAACUCCAUGUGUAAUCAACAAUCCGAUCAACGAGAUGCGAGUGAAAAUAGGAAAACUCCAAAAAAUAUGUUGGGUCUUUGAGUGAUGCCAGUGAUGUGUGAACAUGCAUUUUAGGAUUUCUUUCAGUUAAUUCUUCUGUAAACUGUUCCUCAUCCAAAGUCUCACAUGUAGUUGGUAGAGACAAUCUUUUGUUCUAUCCUUGUCAGUUUUGUUCCCACCGUUUUGCUUUGAACUAGGUUACUGGUAGUUUGGUGGUGUCUGAAUGGUUGUGCAUGUGUGUUUGUCCAGCCAGUCUCACUCCUCUUUUUCAAGUUAAACCUAAACGUUGUGUGAAACAGCUGCCGAUCACAUCCUCUACUUUCCAUCCUGUGUUCAGAAAGACUAGAGAGAGAAAAAAAGGAUGUUGAGAUUUUUGAGUUGUUUAAAAAGUUUGCGAGUUUAACUGCAAUAGUUUGUUUGGAAGACUUUGUGAAUGUGAAGUAGAGAAUGUGUGCAGUGUUCUUUUUCAAUAGCCGAAAACUCCCCUUGUGUGAAAAGUUGUCAUAAAUGAGUCCGAUUUUUUUUUUGAAUGGCGAUAGUCUUUCCAAAGCUAGUCGUAGACAUAGUAUGGUUUGUGAGGCUAAAAAUAAUAAUUCAAAAAAACCCAUAAAAAAUAAUAAAAAAAGAAGAAAUCAAAUGGGAGUUUUGUUGAGGAAAAAAAAAAAGAUACAAAUGAUCUACUUGAAAUGCAAUGCUGUUGAGAAUUUGGAAAAACAUAGAAAAUGUUUGUGUUGUGGGGUUAAAGACCCAUCAUAAAAAGUAACAACAGCCAUUUCUGCAGACACCUGUUUUUGCAAUUGAAUGAAACUUUUGUUUUAUUUCCUUGUGAUUUCUAUGGUACAGACUAUUGGUGCUAUAAAUAUGUUCAAACACCUUUUUCGAAGUUUAAGAUCCAUGAUCUGGCUGUGAUGAGUAGAUGGCAGAGCCUAGUUUUGUUUGUAGUCCAAACAGCCAAGACUCCGUAAAUAUAUAUUUUUCUUUUGCAAAACCUGUGAAUAGAAGAAAAAGUUUUGCCUGAUCGCAGUUCUUUCCAAACGUGGCUUGGGUUUUUUUUUUCUUUAAUUUAAAGUAAACCUCUUAUCAGGUGACGCUGAAUAAAACUAUACACAUUGUUUAAUUCCAUCGUAUCCAGGCAGAAAAGGACUAACUCUCUCUAAUGAGUGAUGGUCAACUGUCCCACGAUACAACUCAACAAAUCUGGCAAGAAAAAAAGUUCAAACCAAAAAACAUACAUAGCAUAUUUACACUAACGUACAAAUGCUUCUUUCUUUUUCAUGUGGAGUGUGUUUUUAUUUUUUUGGUUUACAAUAUAUAUCUUGUUGAAAUAAUGAGUUAUGUCUCACAGUGUGUGUCAGCAGAGAAUUUGUGAAGGCACUCGUUCAGAGCGAGUGUACGGCGGCGGCAUGCGUGCAGGGAUGCACCAACGAAUGGAAAUGAAUCCGUCGAUCUGUGUCCCGUGAAUUUGAACCCCCCACUCCCCCUUUUUGAAAGAUUUAGCCAUGAAACCCUCUGUGUGGUUUGCUAACCUUUCACAUGACCUGUGCUUUGAGGAAGAAAUUUGGUUACAACAUCUACAGAUGCAUUUGAUCCUAAUUUAACUAUUAAAACAGGUUUUGAGGUUCGUAGCUUGGGUGGUUUAUUUGUCAGAAGCACAGGUCAGUAUAAUUUUCACUCUUUCAUUAAUGGGUAAUGAAAAGACAUGGGCAUCGCAAGCAGACUUGCUGGAAUGCACUGUCGCAGGUGAAGGUGUCUCUGUUGCUGGCUUGGUUUUUUUUUGAAAAAGGCUUCCUCAUUUAAAAAAAAAAGAAAAAAGAAGCAAAUAUUGUAAUAGCCCAUGAAAUGUUUCCACUUUACUCAAUAAAUGCCUCCGAUAAAUGCAAGGUACUCAAAACUUAAAGGUCAUCCCCCUCCUUUGACCGUCAUCAGACACUCAGGAAUUUUUUAUAAGCUUAACUGCAUAAUCUACACUCAGACCUGUGACAGUGCAUUGAUGCAUUAAUGUAAAACCUUUGUUUGAUUCUAGAUAAAUGACUGACCGUCGUUUCAAAGCAAACCACUGAAGUGACUGUCAUUAAUUUAUACGUGUAGUAGGAAAAAAACAAUAAAAAAAGAACUAAGCCAUUGUAGAUUGCAUAAGCAAUGCAGAGGGGAAUUCAAAAGCCCUGUGUCCUAUGCAAUACCUUGGCGCAUGUAAACAUUCAACUGUAUUAAGAAGAGAAGUCUCUGAGUUCAUUUCUUUUGCAUGGUGAAUAAUUGCGAGUGAGGGACACAUGAGAAAAAAAACAAACCCGUGGAAUGUCUCUUUUAAAAAAAAGCAGCAUGCAAACAUCACACUCCAUCUUUUUUUAUGUUGGGUGAACAAAAUAUUUUAGUUCAAACUAUUUUGAGUAAGUGAUUGAAAGAAUGCGAUGUGUGAGUGAGCGAGUGAAUGUGUACGAGAGGUUAAAGCACUUACAUGGGAGUUGAAAGGAAUGCAUCACACCUUUCUUCAUUCUUAAUUCUUCCAUUUUGAUAGGCCGUAUUGAGGAAAGAAAAAAGAAUUUCAAAAAAAAAAAAAAAUAUGUUGAAAAAAUACAUUCAGUGAGGGUAAAAGCAUUUGGAGCAGCACUGACCGGGUGCCUGUGUUUCAUUUGCACUGUGGUUUGAACAACAUAUCCAGCACUGAAAACGUUUUGAGUUUUCCCUCAUCCUUUCAUUCCCCCUUGAUGAUGAUGAUGAUGCUCUUCCAACCUCAAUCCUCUUCCUCUGUGUUCCCAAAGCCCAUCUGUCCCGAGUAGGUGUGUUGUUCUAAUUUCAUGUACACCCUGAGUAAAUUAUUUUGUUUCAUUGUGGAUUUUCUUAACAUCUAAUAAAGGAAUAAACCAAACUUCA